AUGUAUUUAGUGUUGUUCCUGUUUUCCUGUUUCACCGGAAUGUCAUUUGGAGCUAUCGACUGCACAGAAAAAGGUGCCGGCCGAUUUCCAGACCCGAAAGAUGCAACUUGUAAACUUUACGGUCUAUGCGUUUACGUCGCGAGCAAUAAUUCAUACCAAUUUUACAACUACACCUGCCCCGAGACAACAUAUUUUGAUCCUGCGUCAGAAGUUUGUUCCGCUAGUUACGAUUGCCCUACUGGUAAUGAUACUGUGACCUGUCAGACAGCCGGUCGUAUUCCAGAUUCGACGGAUACGACGUGUCAAAAUUAUUUUAUGUGUAUUGAAGCGCCUGAUGGUACAAUAGUCCCCUAUCCGCAGUCAUGCCCGUCGUACUCAAUAUUUAAUCCAGAGAUUGGGGUCUGUACUUCUGACUACCAAUGUCCAACAUAA